AUGGCAAAUCUCGACAGUUUGUCGGACGCUCAAGCUAUUCUGUUGGCGUGUGAGCUUUGCACUGCUAAGAGCGUCUCUGCAUUGCCUCAUCUACAACAACAUUUCCCUACGUCACUAACUACAGUGCGCCUCUUCCGCAUUCUGUUGUCCUUUUUACCGGAGAGCACACCCCCUCAGCAGUAUACAACAGUGCUGGAUGAGGUUGAUAGAGGAGUAGCGCUUACACCAUACUCUGGAGAUAUCGAUACAACCAAAGUCAAAAACGUGGAAGAGUCGGUCGCAUGGAAACGUGUCCGACAGUUGAAAUUACUCCCUCUCAAGUACCCUCAUGCCGACAAGACACAAGCCACAGAUUCCUUGACAGACUUCCUCAUCCAUCGAGCCCAUAAAAUCGAUGUCGAAACUGGUUUACAGACUUACAUCCUCGAACUCAUUUUACCGUUCUAUGAUCGUUCAGAGUUAUUGCGACAAUGGCUCGUCUCGAAGAUUCUACCUCUUUUACGGUCCAACUACGAAUAUUAUCCGGACAAGGAAGAUAUGAUCUCGCUCGCUGUUUUGGAGGCAAUGGAUCAAACGACGGGGAUAAAUGUGUUGCUCUCUAUGACGGGGAAUAAUCCAUCCGUGACGGAUCUAACGCGGAAUCUGAGGGGGUUAGUCGGGCCGUGGAUGUGUGGAACUGUGCAGUCCAAGAGGCGCAGAUUGAGUCGUGAUAUCGACACGAAUAAUGUGGCUGACAGCCAAAAAGAGUCCGGUGCGGCGGGCUGGGAUGAUGUAAAUGACUGGCUAUUGUCACAGAGUUUACUGGAAUUCGAUAGCGUUGCCAAUACUCUUGAUAGCUGGGAUGGACCCGAAGAUGUCGACUUGGGUGGAUAUAUGGACAUAGACUACUCAACGGAAUCGGGACGAUUACGAAGGUCCUAUGGACAAGUCGGUCUUGCUAUAGUAUACGCGACCGAGCCGGCCAGGGGUUCGUUUGAGAGGCUAUUUCAGAUCACGAUGAGGGUUGCAAGAUUACUGCAGAUUGAUACCGCCAUGGAUACGUUAAAUGAGGCAUCACUGAACGCACUAGAAUUGGACCUCACUACCAUUUCAUCCGCAUCCAAGGCAUCAUUACUGCAAAACGGGCUUCUCAGGGGCGAUAACGCAUUGACUAUUCCUUCCUCGCAGUCGAUAAGUUUCUUACAGGCGAUUCUCCUAUCGACGCGCAUUUUGCGUGAUUACGGACACAUUACUUCAUGCCGAUCAGCUGCAUCUAUGUGUUUACAUGGCAAUGAAGAGACGCAAUCAUGGGAAGUCACUGCCGUUCUAGACAUGAUUGUCAAGCAGCCGAUGCCAGUACAGGACUGGAGGAAGAUACGGGAGCAGAUUCUCUGGCUCCGAGAUUGGAAGGGUUCUAAUGCAUUUGGGAAGAUAGGUGAAUGCCAUGGUCUUUUCUGGAAGGUGUCUAAGACGACUCUUGAGAUUGAAAUACUCAAGGCAAUGGUAACUACUGGUGAAUACCGAUUGGUGGCGGAGGUGUAUACCGAAGCGAAUUCUCCUCUGGAUUUGGCACAAGUCGAGACAGCUGUGGUGGAUACGAUUAUAUCGUUUUACGAUACUGCUAGCAACGGUAACAGAAGCAGAGGCAAGAUGAAGAAAGCUGUGGAGAUUCUCAAUGCAUUCCAACCUCGAUUCCCAAAGUCCAAUCGGUUUAAGGAGUUGACAGCUCUCAUCGCCGCAACACACGCCCUCUCCUUCUACUCGUUAACUCUCCAACAUGGAGUCCCGUUUCAACCCGUCAGCAUCCGCGUCCAUCCCGAUCCACUAUCCUUGAUCGAAAAAGUCCUCGACCAAAACUCAAAGAGCUACACAAAGCUAGAAGAUUUGUUAUCCAUCGGAAGAAACUUUGUCACCGCUGGACUUGUUUCACCCGACAAACUGUCGCAGGCACAACAAGUAUCACUCCUAGCCGAACGAAGAAUCAUAUCCAUGGCAAUAUCCUCCGCCCUCGCAGCAGAUGACUUUGGAACCGCCUAUUCCUACAUUUUGACUCGAUUAACACCCUCCUCACUCCUCCCAUCCACCACAUCAGAAAUAUCAACUACCUCUCCAGUCGAAGAAGACAUUUCCUGGCGCGCAGCCUACAACGCAGGACGCUACCGAUCCCCCACUCUCUCCUCAGAAUCAGACCUAACCUCACAAAUCACAAACCUCUCCCAAAGAAUGGAACUCCUCUCUCUAUCCCUCAUCCUCGCUCCAACCGCAGACCCCUUACCAGAGGUAUUAGGAGCAUGGCGGCGCUGCGACGAAGAAAUGACCAUCCUCCGCAAUCGCGAAUCCCAAGAAGCCGAAGAAUGGGAUCGACGAGGCGAUCAACAAUCCUUUGUUUCUACAGUACCAGGCAGUUUUGCGCCUACAGAUAGAGAAUUAGACGCCUACGAAAACGCGCAACGACAAAAAUCUCGCGGUUUCAAGACUGAGAGUGGGAGAAGAUUUGACGCUGAAGCGCCUUUGGGAUUAUUUGAUGUUGCGCGCGGUGCUGCAAGGGCGUUUAGUAAGAAUCUUACGCCUUUGCAACAGCAUCAACAACAGACCAAAGAAGUAAAAGAAGAGGGGGAAGAAAUGAGUAAAUCAACAGAAUCCCUAGAAAGAGAGCGCGUACGAAAACGGGAUGUUGUCUCGAAUAUGGUUACGGGUGGAUUGGCGAGCGGGAUUGGGUGGGUGUUGGGUGCUCAGCCUGUUAAUCGAUAAUUCUUCCCUUGUUGAUAUAAUAAAGAGGAAUUCUAUG